AUGACUCCUGCCCAGCCGCGGUCUGCACAGAGAGGAAGAGGCGUGGUCAUGAGCGGAAGAUGUGCCUGUGUUUGCAGACAGAGCUCUGAAGACGGCGUGGGGAAUGCAGCCACCGAUUACCUGGUGGGACAGGUCGCCGACAGCUUGCGGGGCGGCACGCGCCCCCCUGGAGGAGGGACGGGGCGGCUGGCAGCUCUCUUCAGCACCCCGGAGACUUUGGCUCCCCCUGUCUUUGUGCCUGUGCCCCAGGAAACAUCUAAAAAAAGAAAACCUGAUGAUGAAGAAGAAACUGUGGCCCACAUUAAAAAGCCAGCUUUGCAAGAGCCUGCAAGAAAAGUGAAAGUGAAGAAACUCUCCGAUGCAGACAAGAGGCUGGCAAACAGGGAAAGUGCGCUGGCGAAUGCUGAUUUAGAAGAGAUUCGUCAAGGCCAAGGGCAGGGAAGGAGAAGGUCUCAGUCUCGGGGUAAAGUGACUGAUGGAGAAGCCCUGGAUGUUGCCCUCAGCCUCAAUGAGGAUGGGCGCCAAAGAACAAAAGUCCCACUCAACCCCGAAGAGGAGCGGUUAAAAAAUGAGAGGACUGUGUUUGUUGGUAAUUUGCCUGUCACGUGUAAUAAGAAGAAGCUGAAGUCGUUUUUUAAAGAGUAUGGACAAGUAGAAUCCGUACGAUUUCGUUCUGUGAUGCCAGCAGAGGGGACACUAUCCAAGAAGUUGGCUGCGAUAAAACGUAAAUUUCAUCCUGACCAGAAAAGCAUCAAUGCGUACGUAGUGUUUAAGGAAGAGAGCGCUGCUGCAAAGGCGCUGCAGAGAAAUGGGGCCCAGAUUGCAGAAGGAUUUCGUAUUCGAGUUGAUCUGGCAUCUGAAACCGCCUCUAGGGACAAGAGAUCAGUAUUUGUGGGAAAUCUUCCUUACAGAGUGGAAGAGCCUGCUUUGGAGGAGCACUUUCUGGACUGUGGGAGCAUUGUGGCAGUGAGGAUCGUGAGAAACCCACUCACAGGAGUCGGCAGAGGGUUCGGCUAUGUGCUCUUUGAGAACACAGAUGCUGUUCAUCUUGCUUUGAAGUUAAAUAAUUCUGAGCUAAUGGGAAGAAAACUGAGAGUCAUGCGUUCUGUUAAUAAAGAAAAACUGAAACAACAGAAUUCAAAUCCAAGCGUGAAGAAAGAUGGCAGUAAAUCUAAGCAGAGACUUAAUUUUACUUCUAAAGAAGGAAAAUCCCAUUCUAAGAAUGCAUUUAUUGGAGAAAAGGCAGUUCUCAUGAAAAAGAAGAAAGGACAAAAGAAAAAAGGACAAACGAAGAAACCGAGGAAACAGAAGUAGUAACAGACUCUGUCCCCUUCCUUUCUGUGGUGAAACCUUGCAAUGAGUGUCUGGGUUUUUUAUGGAUUGUGAGGAAAAUGUGGAGACUUCCACAAUGUCUAUUUUUUUACUAAAUUCAUGCUAUAUGUAAGGCCUCUCUGAAGCAUUGUUCUUAGAAAUGUAUUUAAAGAAAAAUAAUAAACAUUAAUACUCUGUGUUUAGGCCAGGCGUUCAAAUGGUUACUGCGGGGAUACUGAUCCUGGGUGUAGUCAUGGCCCCUAAGAAGGACUUGUGAGCUGUUUAUAACACACAUUCUUCACCUCUCAUUUUUCUUUCUCUUGAAAUUAUAGUGGAGAUGUACAUUUCUAUCUUAUUCCAUACAUCUAAUAAUUGCUAACCAGUAAGACUGCUAAUAGAAGUGGGACUGGCUUCUAAUACGUAGCCAGUGACUACAGGGGUCAUUGAUUUGCUUGGCUAUAAAGGGAAAUGUGAUGCUUAAGUUAGUAUCACUCAGAAUGAAACAGCUGUCCCUGAUAGUUUAAAGACAGCAUCUAAUGAAUUAUGUUAAUUAAACUGCAAACUUUUAAGCUGAAUGACAGCACAACAUGCUGCUGCAUUCCCUAAGUUCCAGACACUGAUCUUACCAAGAGGGGGGACAGGGGAAUCCAAAGCUGAUUCAGGCAGGCAGAGUCCAGUAAGUACACACACUCCUUGGUGCAUCGGGUCAACCCUCAAUCAGCCCCCUCGUGGUGGUGACAGGAAGGAGACCCGAAUGGCUGUAACAAGCAGUUUUUAUACUUUCAGAGAUACAGGUAACAUCAGCAAGUUUAUAGUUCAAACUUAUAUGACAUGCAUUCGAGCUCUAUCUGGGAACAGAGGAUCAGGUGACUAUCAGUCAGUACUUUCUAUGGAUUUUCAAGAAUGUCCCUGUUCCUGAGAACUGUGGGUGGAGAAUGGAACUUGGCCUAGCCUUGACUUGAGGCGGUGGGGGUGAAACUGGUGAAAGCCCUUAGGGUCCUCAUAACCUAUCUACUUUCUUCCAGGCCAAGCCUCCUAAUAGCUCUUAUGCUUCAGUAAGAACUAGGGUCCUUCAUGUAGAAAACCUAAUGAGGUGUUUAAAACAGCCCUAGGGACUGGAGAGAUGGCUUCUUGGUUAAGAGCAUGCACUGCUCUUCAGAGAGUACUUAAGUUCAAUUCCUAGCACCCAUGUCAAGCAGUUCACAACUGUUUGUAACUUGAGCUCCUGGGUCCAACUCCUCUGGCCUCUUGCACUCACCAAUAUAACCUACACACAUAUGUACAUAUACUGAGAAAUGACUCCUGUGAGUGAGUGGAUUAAAGCAUAGGUUAUAUACAUGCAUACAUGUAAUUUUAUUAUUAAAUACAUGUAUGAUGUGAAUGCAGGUAUAUGUGGAAUUCAGAAAACAAGUUCUCUCAUUCCACAGCAUGUACUUUUACUCACCGAGCCUUCUCACUGGCCCCAGAUAUUUUGGAAUUUGCUACUGUGUAAUUGUUGAAAUUUCUACUUUGGAAUGUAUGUGCUGCUAUGGUUGUGUAAAUCAUUAAAAAACUAUAUUUUGUAGA